AGUUGCUGGGAGGGUGGCAUGCUCCAACUCCACAGGGACAGAAGCUCCUACUCUAGAGACCCCUCUGGACCUUGCCCUAGGUACUUCUUCAUCUGACUGCUCAUCUGUAUCCUUUAUAAUAAAGAAGUAAUAGUAAGACAGAAAGCAAAGAUGCUUUUUACUUUGCUGGGAUGUUUCGCAUCACCAACAUUGAGUUUCUUCCUGAAUACCAACAAAAGGAGUCCAGGGAAUUUCUUUCAGUGGCACGGACUGUGCAGCAAGUGAUAAACCUGGUUUAUACAACAUCUGCCUUCUCCAGAUUUUAUGAGCAGUCUGUUGUUGCAGAUGUCAGCAACAACAAAGGUGGCCUUCUUGUCCACUUUUGGAUUGUGUUUGUCAUGCCACGCGCCAAAGGCCACAUCUUCUGUGAAGACUGUGUGGCCGCCAUCUUGAAGGACUCCAUCCAGACGAGCAUCAUAAACCGGACCUCUGUGGGGAGCUUACAGGGCCUGGCUGUGGACAUGGACUCUGUGGUACUAAAUGAAGUCCUGGGGCUGACUCUCAUUGUCUGGAUUGACUGACAUGCCUAUUCUUGAAAUGACUUCUUUGACUCUGAUUGGCCAGCCUGUGUUAUGUGCCCACCUCUGAAGCUAGGGACAAAGGCUGCUCUCAGUACUUCUAUGCAGAGCAUCUGUCUCUCCACUACCCCCUGGAGAUUUCUGCAACCUCAGGGAGGCUGAUGUGUCACUUCAAGCUGGUGGCCAUAGUGGGCUACCUGAUUCGUCUCUCAAUCAAGUCCAUCCAAAUCGAAGCCGACAACUGUGUCACUGACUCCCUGACCAUUUAUGACUCCCUUUUGCCCAUCCGGAGCAGCAUCUUGUACAGAAUUUGUGAACCCACAAGAACACUAAUGUCAUUUGUUUCUACAAAUAAUCUCAUGUUGGUGACAUUUAAGUCUCCUCAUAUACGGAGGCUCUCAGGAAUCCGGGCAUAUUUUGAGGUCAUUCCAGAACAAAAGUGUGAAAACACAGUGUUGGUCAAAGAAAUCACUGGCUUUGAAGGGAAAAUUUCAAGCCCAUAUUACCCGAGCUACUAUCCUCCAAAAUGCAAGUGUACCUGGAAAUUUCAGACUUCUCUAUCAACUCUUGGCAUAGCACUGAAAUUCUAUAACUAUUCAAUAACCAAGAAGAGUAUGAAAAGCUGUGAGCAUGGAUGGUGGGAAAUUAAUGAGCACAUGUACUGUGGCUCCUACAUGGAUCAUCAGACAAUUUUUCGAGUGCCCAGCCCUCUGGUUCACAUUCAGCUCCAGUGCAGUUCAAGGCUUUCAGACAAGCCACUUUUGGUAGAAUAUGGCAGUUACAACAUCAGUCAACCCUGCCCUGUUGGAUCUUUUAGAUGCUCCUCCGGUUUAUGUGUCCCUCAGGCCCAGCGUUGUGACGGAGUAAAUGACUGCUUUGAUGAAAGUGAUGAACUAUUUUGCGGGAGCCCUCAACCUGCCUGCAAUACCAGCUCCUUCAGGCAGCAUGGCCCUCUCAUCUGUGAUGGCUUCAGGGACUGUGAGAAUGGCCGCGAUGAGCAAAACUGCACUCAGAGUAUUCCAUGCAACAACAGAACUUUUAAGUGUGGCAAUGAUACUUGCUUUAGGAAACAAAAUGCAAAAUGUGAUGGGACAGUGGAUUGUCCAGAUGGAAGUGAUGAAGAAGGCUGCGCCUGCAGCAGGAGUUCCUCCACCCUUCACCGCAUCAUCGGAGGCACAGACACCCUAGAGGGAGGUUGGCCGUGGCAGGUCAGCCUUCACUUUGUUGGAUCUGCCUACUGUGGUGCCUCGGUCAUCUCCAGGGAGUGGCUUCUUUCUGCAGCCCAUUGUUUUCAUGGAAACAGGCUGUCAGAUCCCACACCAUGGACCGCACACCUUGGGAUGUAUGUUCAGGGGAAUGCCAAGUUUGUCUCCCCGGUGAGAAGAAUUGUGGUCCACGAGUACUAUAACAGUCAGACUUUCGAUUAUGAUAUUGCUUUGCUACAGCUCAGUAUUGCUUGGCCUGAGACCCUGAAACAGCUCAUUCAGCCAAUAUGCAUUCCUCCCGCUGGCCAGAGAGUUCGCAGUGGAGAGAAGUGCUGGGUAACUGGCUGGGGGCGAAGACACGAAGCAGAUAAUAAAGGCUCCCUUGUUCUGCAGCAAGCAGAGGUAGAGCUCAUUGAUCAAACCCUCUGUGUUUCCACCUACGGGAUCAUCACUUCUCGGAUGCUCUGUGCAGGCGUAAUGUCAGGCAAGAGAGAUGCCUGCAAAGGAGAUUCGGGUGGACCUUUAUCUUGUCGAAGAAAAAGUGAUGGAAAAUGGAUUUUGACUGGCAUUGUUAGCUGGGGACAUGGAUGUGGACGACCAAACUUUCCUGGUGUUUACACAAGAGUGUCAAACUUUGUUCCCUGGAUUCAUAAAUAUGUCCCUUCUCUUUUGUAAUUGUACCAGUUGUAUUUUUACUAUGAUUUAUGUUAAAAAAUAGUUUAAAAUGAUGCAAUAAUUGGCUGGGUGUGGUGGCUCAUGCCUGUAAUCCCAGCACUUUGGGAGACCAAGGCGGGCAGAUCACGAUGUCAGGAGAUUGAGACCAUCCUGGCUAACAUGGUGAAACCCUGUCACUA